ACCAGUUAAUCGCUUCUCGCUUCUCUUUUCUCUUUCCUUCCGAAUCCAUUUAUAAGGAAGGCUGUUUCUUCUUGUAAUUUCGUUUUCCUCUCCAUUCCCACUCUAUAUUUUCUUUUGCCUUUUCCACCUAAACAAAAAGUUUUCCAUCAUUUUUCAAAACUUUUUUCGUUUUCCGUUUCCGCUUUCAAUUCGCCGCCAUCAUUUUGAUAUUUUUUCCUUUUUUUUCUUUUUAAAUUUCUUAUCUCUCUGCCACUCGUUGAUGGUCAUCUAAAAUUUCUAUCUGGAAAAAGCGUCUUUCUUCGAAGAAACAUUCAAUUCGUGAAAGAUGGUUGCCUUUGGGAAAAAGUUGAAGCAAAGACAAAUUGAAGAAUGGCAAGGAUAUUAUAUCAACUAUAAGCUAAUGAAGAAAAAAGUAAAACAAUAUGUCCAUCAAAUUGAAGUUGGUACACAAGAUCGUCGACAUGUUCUUAAGGACUUUUCAAGAAUGCUGGAUAGUCAGAUUGAGAAGAUUGUCCUUUUUCUCUUGGAACAACAAGGGUUACUUGCAAGCAGGAUAGCCAAGCUGGGAGAAAAGCAUGAUGCUCUUCAGAACCGACCUGAAAUAUCCCAAAUAUCUGAACUACGAGAAGCUUAUAGAGAUGUAGGGCGAGAUCUUUUGAAGCUUCUGUUCUUUGUCGAGAUCAAUGCCAUUGGUCUACGUAAGAUACUGAAGAAGUUUGAUAAACGAUUUGGCUAUAGAUUCACUGAUUACUAUGUGAAGACUCGUGCUAAUCAUCCUUACUCUCAGCUGCAGCAAGUGUUUAAGCAUGUGGGGAUAGGGGCUGUUGUAGGAGCUGUGUCUCGUAAUCUUCAUGAACUUCAAGAUCGUCAAGGAAGCUACUUAUCAAUAUAUGAUCAACCUUCUCUUCCCCUCCAGGAUCCCGUCAUUGAUUCAAUAAAAGCAGCUGUAGAUAGGUUAACCCAUUCAACAAAUUUCCUAAACUUUAUGGCACAACAUGCACUCAUUAUGCAAGAAGAGCUCCCUACUCCUGUAGGGGAACAAGUUGAUGAUCAGAGAUAUCAUUUUAUGUCACUUAUCUUGAACCUAGCAAACACAUUUCUCUAUAUGGUCAAUACAUAUAUUAUUGUCCCUACAGCAGAUGAUUACUCCUUGAGCCUUGGAGCUGCAGCAACAGUUUGUGGUGUUGUGAUUGGAAGUAUGGCAGUAGCACAGGUCUUUUCUUCGGUGUAUUUCAGUGCGUGGUCAAAUAAAUCAUACUUUAAACCUCUUAUAUUCAGCAGUAUUGUUCUUCUUGUGGGAAACACCAUGUAUGCUCUUGCUUAUGAUCUUAAUUCAAUUUGGGUACUUUUAGCUGGUCGUCUUUUCUGUGGAUUGGGAUCUGCUAGAGCAGUUAAUCGGCGUUAUAUCAGUGACUGUGUACCACUAAAAAUCCGCAUGCAGGCUUCAGCAGGUUUUGUCAGUGCCAGUGCUCUUGGAAUGGCUUGUGGUCCUGCUCUUGCUGGCUUACUGCAAACUAAUUUUAAGAUUUAUAAGCUUACAUUCAAUCAAGACACUUUGCCAGGAUGGGUUAUGGCUGUUGCAUGGCUUAUAUAUUUAAUUUGGUUGUGGAUCUCAUUUAGAGAACCUUCUCAUGAAACCGAAGAAAAUCAGAUACCACAGGAGUCUAAUGCUGAAAGAAUGGAGAAUGAUUCACUGGAGGAAGGACUUAAACAACCGCUGCUAAUUAGUUCAGAAGAUAAGCAAGAAGAUGAAGAUGGUGACCAAGACUAUGAUGAAAGUGAAGAAGCUGUUGAGGAGUCUCGCAGACCAGCCACUUCAAUUGGAUCAGCAUAUAGACUACUUACACCCUCUGUGAAGGUUCAGUUGUUGAUAUAUUUCAUGCUCAAGUAUGCAAUGGAGAUUCUACUCUCAGAAUCUAGUGUCGUUACCACAUACUAUUUUGGUUGGUCUACAAGCAAAGUGGCAAUUUUUCUUGCUUGUAUAGGGCUGACAGUUCUUCCAGUAAACAUUGUUGUGGGAAGCUACAUUAGCAACAUGUUUGAAGACAGGCAAAUUUUGUUGGCAUCUGAGAUUAUGGUUUUCGUAGGCAUUGUUCUGAGCUUCCACAUAAUAGUUCCAUAUUCUGUAUUACAAUAUGUCUGUUCAGGUCUCAUCAUGUUCGUUUCUGCUGAAGUGCUUGAAGGUGUUAAUUUGUCACUUCUCUCAAGAGUCAUGUCAUCCAGGCUUUCCCGUGGAACCUAUAAUGGCGGACUUCUUUCAACUGAAGCGGGAACACUGGCUAGAGUGAUUGCAGACGGCACUAUAACGCUGGCAGGAUAUUUAGGGGAAAGUAGGCUCUUGAAUAUAACCCUACUUCCUUCCUUACUGAUUUGCAUUGCAUCCAUUGUUGCCACCUGCUUUACCUAUAACUCUCUCUAUUGAUUCAUAUAAUAUAUUGUAUCAAAAGAGUUUCCUCCAUUCUAUUCUCAAUGCCAAUUCCUUAAUAUUUUUUGGCCCUCACGUGUGAGUGUUGUACAUUGAUAGAAAACUAGCUCAUUGAUUAUCUUCUUCAAUUUAUGGAAAUAAAUUUACAAGUUCUUUUUC